UGUAUUGCAUAUUUAAGUGCGCGUAACAAUUGUUGUAAAGCAUAUCCAAUAAUAGAUAAUUCUUCUAGAGUUCUUUUUUUUAAAGGCAAAAAAAGAGCAGAGUUUAUCUUCUCGCAAACUGAUUUAAUCAAAUUGAUUGCACGAAUUUACAAGAAACGGCGCGAAAAACUGCAGUUCCGGAUCAACGAUCCGCAACCGUGAUCGAUGAUGCGUACGAUGACUAUGACUGAAACGUAAAGAGAAAAGAAAAAAAAGUGAGAAUGGACGCUUUUCUGUCACGCGUUUAAGCGGUGAAAGUAUUUGAUUCGGAAGGGGGAGUUCAUCUGCGGACAGGUAAUAAAACGGCAGACGGCACCUCGACAUUGAACGAACUUGAAUUUACCGUCAGUUCACGGUCGUUCGUUCGCGCUUACCGUUUCUAUCGGCAUCAUGCGUGCAAUUCUUCUGCUCGCCGUCUUGACAAACGUCAAACUUAAAGGAUACGCAGAGGAAAUUUGGCAGCAGGACCUGUCUAAAGAUAUGCAGAUAGGUGCAUCCACCGAAGGCUACGAUCGCGUAGGGUUGCGGUGCGGCGCCGAAAAGAUGACCGUGGAGCUCAGGACAACGGAGGAUUUUUCAGGAGUGAUCUACACUCAGGGUAAUUUUUAUUCCAGAGAACCGUCCUGCUUCCUCGAUCCAGUUCGCGGUAGAAGUUUCACUAUGAGUAUCCCUUUGAACAAAUGCGACACCGAAAGGAAUGGAGAAAAAUACAGCAAUGUUGUGGUCAUUCAGCACGAUGAUGAGUUAUUGACACCGGGUGAUGCUGCUUUUACGUUAGAAUGCGACUUCUCAAAGCCGCGUGAUCUCACGGUAACGGCGAAUUUAAAUGGAAGCAAGAGAAGGACCACUAGAUCGAGUAUAGCUCUCGUUGACGCCGAUCCAGGAAGGGACAGGAGGAAAAGGGCGGCAUAUGUGGAAAGCUAUGACGACAAAGUUGUUUUCAUCCCGCAGAAAGCAUAUCGAUAAAAACAAUCAUUGGAUUUUGUUUUGCUAAAUCUUGCCAGUGAACAUCAUCGAUUCAAUGAAAUGAUUUAGCAUUUUGUGCUAUCGUUGCCGUUGUUUGUUACACUGUUUGUUUGAAUAAAUUAUUUAACCGUUCGAAUGUGGAUGUAUCAUUUCAUAAUCGUAAUGCAAUCGUGCAUUAAUUCUUAAUUUGUAUGCAAUGCAGGAAUGGUAUGCGUGUAUAUACAUAAGGAUGGCUUUAUUUCUACUCCAAAAAUACGAUAUGUAACAUGCGAUAAUUCAAUGAUAAUCUCUAGCCUUUGCAGAUAACAAUACAUGUGGAAAUUUACAUCAAGUCUCAUUUAUGUAAUUGACAUCUAUUAAUCAAUAUAUAAUUAAUUUAGCAACUGUUGCAAGAUAUUAAUAUGAGAUUUAGAA